AUGCCAAGUCUGAUGGUCAGUACAGCCAGCAGUAAACAUUCACAACAUCACGAAGAAGUGGACCCCAACAGAACUCAACCCCGACUCCAAAACGAAGUGGACUUGGAAUCCGGACACCAAGAAGAUCCGUUAGAUUCUUUAGAUCCGCUAUUCGGCGUAUCAUCCAGGGACUUGUUAAAUAAUGAGAAUGAUUUGGACAGCAGAAGAGGGGAGGACUGGGAUGAGAUUCGAAGCGAGCAGAGGACGUUGGAUAAUAAUGUCGUGUCAAGUCUCUUCAACGAGUCAGGGCCGUCGGAGAGUAAGAAAUUGCCCCAAGCGAUUAUCAUCGGGGUGAAGAAGGGAGGCACGCGGGCGCUGCUGGAGUUCCUCCGCGUGCAUCCUGACAUCAGAGCUGUCGGGGCCGAGCCGCACUUCUUUGAUCGGAACUAUGACAAGGGACUGGAGUGGUACAGGUACAUUUCAUACACUUAAUAACGUUAACUGAUUAGAAUAUAAACAAAUGAUAUAUGGACUACUGAUGUAAUUCAUAAUUUGCCAUUUAAAUGAGCCCAUCUAUUUAAUUUUUUAUCCAUCUUAAUUUCUAGGCUAUUAAUCAGUCUAUAGCACAUGCAUAUGUCACAGGUUGGCUAGAAUGAUAAUGUAUAUUGAGCUGUGAGUUGACUUGUCGAUUAAUGGGUUUCUGAUAUAUAUACCGUUAUUUUUAGAGAGUCACAAAGAACAUCAAACAAAUCCUGAAGGCUGCCAGUGAGUUCCCUGGCCUCUAUAUCUCUUCAUAUAACUACUAGAGGACUAAUUCAUACAGUGUCUUUAAAACACCUCUAACAUAACAUGGAACAGUAAGAUUAGAUGGACAUAUGGCCAUUGUGCUGAGUGGAAACAAAAAACAGAUUGAUUAGCAUGGAUUAAAACACACACACAUACACACGCACACACAAACACCACACACAAACACAUGUUAAUAUAGAAUAGAAAUAGGCCUACUCCACACAAUGGUAACAAUUCGUUAAAGUGAUCAGAUCCUGUAGUUAAGCCAUGUUGAAACUAGAACAUUAGUGUAAUUAAAGUAGUGACCAUUCAUUAUGGCUUGUGUGGUUUCACACAAGCCAAUAUGAAUGUGUAGACACUAUGGGUAUCCAAUGGAAUGUGUUUAUGAAUGUAUAUCUUGUUCAGGUGAAAAUGAAACACAUUUUCAUUGGGCCAAUAAAGCUAUAAUAAAGCUAUAAUAAGGCUAUAGGUCUCUCCUCACAGUGUCAUAAGUGUGAACUGAGGAAUGUAUCACUCUAACAGCUGACUACCACCUUGGUGUACUAAAAGAGUCCAUAUAAAUUAUAGGCCUGAGUCAUAGGUAGAGUCCCAAAUGGCACCAUAUUCUCUAGUGCAUUACUUCUGACCAGGGCCCAUAGGCUCUGGUCAAAAGAAGUGGACUAUGUAGGGAAUAGGGUGCAAUUUGGGGACGCAGUCUAUAAUGGCCUAAUAAAAGGGUCCAUAUUCAAUGCUGCACCUUAAAUGACUCAUAGAAACUGACUUGUUUGACAGUUCCUUCUUAGAGCUCAGACAAACAUUAUUCAGCUUCCAUUCAGUUUGACAGUUCCUUCUAGAGCUCAGACAAACAUUCUAGAGCUUCUAUUCAGUUUUGAUUCUGGAGUUUAGACCCAAACAGCACAUGGUUUACAGGUCAACAGGUUAAAUCUCCUGGUAGCCAGAAGCAUCGUAAUUCAAUUGAGUGCUCCCGGUUCCAGGUAUUGAUUCUUAGGCUGUAAUUCCCUUUACAACAAUACAGCUUUAACCAUGCCUUGUUCCCAAAUGGCACCCUAUUCCCUAAAUAGUGCACAACUUUUGACCAGAGCUCAUAGGGUUCAUAUCAAAAGUAGCACACUAUAUAGGGAAUAGGGUGCCAUUUGGGACACAUACAAUUACUUAAUUUCAAAUUCCAGGGAUUCAAAGCUAUAGGAACACUGAACAGUUAGCCCAGUAUUCAACAAUGUGUGGUUGUAAUGAUCAAUAUGUCAGUGCAUCUCAGUGAGUUCCCAGUGUUAGCUAUACCUGUUGUAGCCCACAGCAUCACCACAGGCUUCUCUCAGUUGUAAACAACUAACCUGUUCCUGAUUCAAUCAUUGACAUGACCGCUGUAAAGUAUCAGAGUGACAUGUAGAGUUAAAUAGUUUAAGGAAUUCUGUGGUUUUGAUUGAAGACAGAAAACAGCAGAUGAGCCACUUUAUCAACAUUUAAACAUGUAUCUUUGUUGGUUUCUUUGAGGAGCCAUCUAAAUUGACUUGAGCCAUGGAGAUUAGCAGUCAAUGUCAAAGGCUUCUUAAUGCUACUAUAGUUCAAAGCUGUCUUCAUAAAGCUUUCUUCAUAACCCUACAAUGGGGGAAGUGAGGGGAGCAAUGUUCAAAGGACUUCUGGGUUAAGCUGCUCCAAGAAUUUCCAGACAGUUUUAGGACACUUGUGUUGAGGUUGACCACCGCACUGUGAGAGGGCAGAGGAAGGAUCUUUAGUGCAUAUUCACUGACUGAGAAAAAAGAGAACACAUUUAACAAGGAACAGACAGUUUCUUCUUCUGGUGUUUUAUGGAGUCUAUAAGUAUCAUAUUUCAUUACUCAAUCAGUCACUGUUCAAUCAGAAUGGCAAUCUGAUGUAAUAUAAUCUGUGUUGCAAAGAAUGUAAUAUGAUCUGUAUUGAUCAUAGAAGCUGGAGGCUAUUGGCAUAGAUAAUGAGCUGGAAGACAGUAGCGUCUGAAUGACAACUGACAUAUUUAUGUUUGUUGAAGGUGAACAUGCAACAGCUCAUCCUAUCGCUCAGAACAGGUAUUUCUAAACACAUUAGAGCUGCAGGUUCAUAGACGUACUAUACAGCUGCUUGUUGUUGUACCCAUGACCGUACCCAUGACACAGUGGGAAAACACAGUGCAGUUGUAUCUGUAGGAUUUAAUGAAAGAACCCUGUAGCUGAUUCCCUGGAGUGGUUGUUAGGUUAAUUAAAACCCCUCAGCUUGAGUAAGCCCAGCCAGACCAUUCAGACCCCAGUCAGACCAGAGCACCAUAACCUCAGACAGCCAAGGAACACUACAGCGACCACUUAAUGAUGGUUCUGUUCAGGGACUAGGGAGAGAGGGAGGGGAAACCCCAGAGGUCUCUGUACUAAUGACCAUCACUAGUGACCAUCACCACCCUGGACCAACAGAGGCAUCUCCCUCUACUCUGUCUUUUAGUGAAGUCACAGUGGAGGGAGAGAGGGCCAAGGUCACAUGAUCAUCCACAUACCAACCAGCAAACUUACUGUUAAAACAUUCUAGAUGCUCAGAAAGGGUGCCAGUUAUUCGGUGCUUACUUGAGCUGGCCUAACUCUUUCACCAUGGAGGAUAGUCCUCUUACCAUUAGGUUAGUUAUUUCAGUGUUGGUCCUAACUUGAUCCUUAGGAGGGGAUGGAGAGGGAGAGGGUAUAGAUAUGGUGUGGCUUUACUGCCUCUUCAAAAGCCUCCACCACUGUCUAAUUAUCAGUCAGUUGCCUGGGGAGAAGAGGUGCAGGGGAGGGAAUGAGGGGGCUGAGGAGAAGCUCUGCUGGGUGGCCUGGUCCAGGCCCCAGUCCCCCGUGGAGGCAUUGAUCUCUGCUGCCCACAUCUCCACACUGUUGGUCCAACACAGAGGAGUGCUGUAGAAGCCCCUCCCCCCCGCAGUCUAGAGCCACACAUCAUGGAACAGUGACUUGAAUGGGGAUUCUCAUCUAGUCAUUCUAUUUCUAUGGCCAAGGCCUGUCGUAGCGGGGACUCCAGCCACAGAUAUAGCCAGUUGGCCACGCUUUUCACAGAAUAUAGACACGCUUUCACAGAAUAUAGACACGCUUUCACAGAAUAUAGACAUGCUUUCACAGAAUAUAGACACGCUUUCACAGAAUAUAGACAUGCUUUCACAGACUAUAGACAUGCUUUCACAGAAUAUAGACAUGCUUUCACAGAAUAUAGACACGCUUUCACAGAAUAUGGACACGCUUUCACAGACUAUAGACACGCUUUCACAGAAUAUAGACACGCUUUCACAGAAUAUAGACAUGCUUUCACAGAAUAUAGACAUGCUUUCACACAGAGGCAGAAAGACAGGAGCCGCCAGACAAAUUGUAGGCUACACGCUCACUCAUACAGGAGGAUGGGAGGGAGCGCGGGAGGAGGGAACUCUAAAAGACGUGGGAAUGUUUUCCCAUUCCGACCUUCCUCCUCCUUUUGCUAUAAGUCACUGUUUUAUUUCCCAGUUAGACUUCUUGACUUAUUCUCUUCUUGCUACUAUGCAUUUAGAGAGGAGGACAGAGGACAGAGGACAGAGGACAGAGGACAUCUGGGCACCACAUGCUGCUGGAAAUAAAAGGCAUGAAGUGAUCCUGGAAAACGGCCCUAUUUUGUUGAAAUAUGAUAGUGUGGGGUUUUUCUAUUCUCGUCAGUUUCCAGAUUUCCUUUUUUUGUGAAACAAUGAUUGGUUGUAUUCUAAUCCUCUCCUUGCUCUCUCACUGACAUUGUCAGAGGAAGGGAAACAGUUAUUCUAACCCCAAACAGAGCUGCAGGGGAGCUGGGUUGGAGCUGGGUCGGCGCUGGGUCGGAGCUGGGUCGGAGCUGGGUCGGAGCUGGGUCGGCGCUGGGUUUGGGAUAGGUAGAUAGAGAGAGAGAAGUGUCUGAGUCCCAAACGGCACCCUAUCCCCUAUAUAAUGCACUACUUUUGACCAGAGCAUUAUGGGCCCUGGUCAAAAGUAGUGCAUUUUCUAGGAAACAGAGUGCUGUUGGGGACGCAGCCAGAGAGAGUGCAGUACAUUGAAAGUGAGUCUUUAGAAGCUGCAGCGGCGGUGGGGGUAUACAGCUGAAAGAGGAGCAGAGGAACCCCUGGGGUUUAUAUUAACCCUAGUGAUAAUAGAACAUGGCAAUUAGAGUGAAACGUGUUUUCUCUUCACUUCACGUUGUAUGCAAAUGUCCCUCAGGAGAGGGAAAGUUAUUUUUCAACCAACACAGCUUGAACCCUUCGGAACGUUGCCUGCAAAUGGAAUUCUGGCUUCUGGAACUCUGAGGCCAGCAGGAUGGGUCGAUUGUUAACACUAAGCCUCAGGGUUCGCUAUUCUGAUCUGAAAGUUGACUCUCCUCCUGAGGUCUUUCAGAAUGAGAAGUUGCAUUUCCCUUGAGGUAGUUCAUACAAGUCCACUUGGUUUUCUUUUUGCUGACUCAACAAACCCUUAGUAUUUUUCAUGGACAUAGGGGAAUAAAAUAGUUUAAGAAGCGGGAAAGCCCUCCAUGUAGAUACUUCCCAGCCAGAUUCAAUACAUCAGCAUAUUGAUAGGCAGGAAAAGAACAAAAUCUCUGUUGAGAAUGAGGAAAGGGCCCAAAGGGGGGUACAGGGCUAGGUAUUGAAACAUGCUGCCAUUUGUUUCUGAAAAUUCCUGAAAUAGUUGGCUUUUAGCUAACUCAGCUGUGUGAACAGCAUUGGUUAAGACCUACUUUUAUUUCUUGAAGUUCAACAGCUGGAAAACUAAAGUUAAUCUCUCAACAAACAGGUGGUAAAACCUGUUUUUUUUUAUUGGAGGUUAUCAGACCAUAAACAUUUUGUCAGACACUUAGAAGUACAUGGAAACAUUAAGAGGUUCAGUUCAGUUGUUUAGUUCUCUCCUUCUCUAUCCUCCUGGAGUUGUUGUUUAGUUCUCUCCUCUAUCCUCCUGGAGUUGUUGUUUAGUUCUCUCCUCCUCUAUCCUCCUGGAGUUGUUGUUUAGUUCUCUCCUUCUCUAUCCUGUUGUAGUUGUUGUUUAGUUCUCUCCUUUUCUAUCCUCCUGGAGUUGUUGUUUAGUUCUCUCCUUCUCUAUCCUUCUGGAGUUGUUGUUUAGUUCUCUCAUUCUCUAUCCUUCUGGAGAUGUUGUUUAGUUCUCUCCUUCUCUAUCCUCCAGGAGUUGUUGUUUAGUUCUCUCCUUCUCUAUCCUCCUGGGGUUGUUGUUUAUUUCUCUCCUUCUCCAUCCUCCUGGAGUUGUUGUUUAGUUCUCUCCUUCUCUAUCCUGUUGGAGUUGUUGUUUAGUUCUCUCCUUUUCUAUCCUCCUGGAGUUGUUGUUUAGUUCUCUCCUUCUCUAUCCUUCUGGAGUUGUUGUUUAGUUCUCUCCUUCUCUAUCCUCCUGGAGUUGUUGUUUAGUUCUCUCCUUCUCUAUCCUCCUGGGGUUGUUGUUUAGUUCUCUCCUUCUCUAUCCUCCUGGAGUUGUUGUUUAGUUAUUUCCUCUAUCCUCCUGGAGUUGUUGUUUAGUUAUCUCCUUCUCUAUCCUCCUGGAGUUGUUUUUUAGUUCUCUCCUUCUCUAUCCUCCUGGAAAUGUUGUUUAGUUCUCUCCUUCUCUAUCCUCCUGGAAAUGUUGUUUAGUUCUCUCCUCCUCUAUCCUCCUGGAGUUGUUGUUUAGUUAUCUCCUCCUCUAUCCUCCUGGAGUUGUUGUUUGUUCACUCCUUCUCUAUCCUCCUGAGUUGCUCUGAGUUGUGUUUAGUUCUCUCCUCCUCUAUCCUCAGGAGUUGUUGUUAGUUCUUCCUCUUUAUCAAACUGGAGUUGUUGUUUAGUUUUCUCCUUCUCUAUCCAUCCUGAGUUCUGUUGUUUAGUUCUCUUCCUUCUCAUCAUGUUGGAGUUGUUGUUUAGUCUUCCUUUUCCUAUCCUCCUGGAGUUGUUGAUUUAGUUCUCUCCUUCUCUAUCCUUCUGGAGUGUUGUUUUGUUCUCUCCUUCUCUAUCCUCCUGGAGUUGUUGUUAGUUAUUCGCCUUCUCUAUCCUCCUUGGGGUUGUUGUUAGUUCUCUCAUUCUCUAUCCUCCUGGAGUUGGUUGUUUAGUUAUUUCCUAAUCCUCCUGGAGUUGAGUUGUUGUUUAGUUAUACCUCUCAUCCUCCUGGAGUUGUUGUUUAGUUCUCUCCUUCUCUAUCUCUGGAAAGGUUGUUUAGUCUCUCCCUCUAUCAACUGGAAAUGUGUUAGUCUCUCCCUCCUCUAUCCUCCUGGAGUUGUUGUUUAGUUAUCUCCUCCUCUAUCCUCCUGGAGUUGUUGUUUGUUCACUCCUUCUCUAUCCUCCUGAAGUUGUUGUUUAGUUCUCGCCUUCUCUAUCCUCCUGGAGUUGUUGUUUAAGUCUUUCCUCCUCUAUCCUCCUGGAGAUGUUGUUUAGUUCUCUCCUUCUCUAUCCUCCUGGAGUUGUUGUUUAGGUCUCUCCUUCACUAUCCUCCUGGAGUUGUUGUUUAGUUCUCUCCUUCUCUAUCCUUCUGGAGUUGUUGUUUAGUUCUCUCUUCUCUAUCAUCCUGGAGUUGUUGUUUAGUUCUCUCCUUCUCUAUCCUCCUGGAGUUGUUGUUUAGUUCUCUCCUUCUCUAUCCUCCUGGAGUUGUUGUUUAGUUCUCUCCUUCUCUAUCCUCCUGGAAAUGUUGUUUAAUUCUCUCUCUUCUCUAUCAUCCUGGAGUUGUUGUUUAGUUCUCUCCUUCUCUAUCCUCCUGGAAAUGUUGUUUAGUUCUCUCCUCCUCUAUCCUCCUGGAGUUGUUGUUUAGUUCUCUCCUUCUCUAUCCUCAUGGAGUUGUUGUUUAAGUCUUUCCUCCUCUAUCCUCCUGGAGUUGUUGUUUAGUUCUCUGCUUCUCCAUCCUCCUGGAGUUGUUGUUUAGUUCUCUCCUUCUCUAUCCUCCUGGAGUUGUUGUUUAGUUCUCUCCUUCUCUAUCCUUCUGGAGUUGUUGUUUAGUUCUCUCUUCUCUAUCAUCCUGGAGUUGUUGUUUAGUUCUCUCCUCCUCUAUCCUCCUGGAAAUGUUGUUUAGUUCACUCCUUCUCUAUCCUCCUGGAGUUGUUGUUUAGUUAUCUCAUUCUCUAUCCUCCUGGAGAUGUUGUUUAGUUCUCUCCUUCUAUAUCCUCCUGGAGUUGUUGUUUAGUUCUCUCCUUCUCUAUCCUUCUGGAGUUGUUGUUUAGUUCUCUCCUCUAUCCUCCUGGAGUUGUUGUUUAGUUCUCUCAUCUAUCCUCCUGGAGUUGCUGUUUAGUUCUCUCCUUCUCUAUCCUUCUGGAGUUGUUGUUUAGAUCUCUCCUCCUCUAUCCUCCUGGAGUUGUUGUUUUAUUUAUCUCCUCUAUCCUCCUGGAGUUGUUCUUUAGUACUAUCCUUCUCUACCGUCCUUGAGCUGUUUUUUAGUUCUCUCCUCCUCUAUCCUCCUGGAGUUAUUGUUUAGUACUCUACUCUAUCCUCCUGGAAUUGUUGUUUAGUUCUCUCCUUCUCUAUCCUCCUGGAGAUGUUGUUUAGUUCUCUCCAUCUCUAUCCUCCCGGAGUUGUUGUUUAGUUCUCUCCUUCUCUAUCCUUCUGGAGUUGUUGUUUAGUUCUUUCUUCUCUAUCAUCCUGGAGUUGUUGUUUAGUUCUCUCCUCCUCUAUCCUCCUGGAAAUGUUGUUUAGUUCACUCCUUCUCUAUCCUCCUGGAGUUGUUGUUUAGUUCCCUUUCCUCUAUCCUCCUGGAGUUGUUGUUUAGUUCUCUCCUAUAUCCUCCUGGAGUUGUUGUUUAGUUCUCGCCUUCUCUAUCCUCCUGGAGUUGUUGUUUAGUUCUCUCCUUCUCUAUCCUCAUGGAGUUGUUGUUUAGUAUUCCUCAUUAUCCUCCUGGAGUUGUUGUUUAGUUCUCUCCUUCUCUAUCCUCUGGAGUUGUUGUUGAGGUCUCUCCUUCUCAUCCCCUGGGUGUUGUUUAGUUCUCUCCUUCUCUAUUCCCUUCUGGAGUUGUUGUAGUUCUAUAUCUCUAUCAUCCUGGAGUUGUUGUUUAGUUCUCUCCUUCCUAUCCUCUGGAGUUGUUGUUUAGUUUCUCCUUAUCAUCCUCCUGGAGUUGUUGUUUAGUUCUCUCCAACCACCCCCCCCCCGGUACGCGGCCCCCUUCUUCCUGAGUGUGUUUCUUCUCUCAUCUUCCUCCUGAAGUUUCUGUUUAGUUCUAUACUCCUCAUCCUCAUGGAGUUGUUGUGUAGUUCUAUCCUUCUCUAUCUCAUGGAAAUGUUGUUAUCUCUCUCUUCUCUAUCAUCCUGGAGUUGUUGUUAGUUCUCUCUUCUCAUCCUCCUGGAAGGGUCUCCUCCUCUAUCCUCCUGGAGAUUGUUGCUGUAGUUCUUCCUCCUCCUUCUCUAUCCUCCUGGAGUUGUUUGUUUAAGUCUUUCCUCCCUCUUAUCCUCCUGGCGUUGUUGGUUUAGUUCUCUGCUUCUCUCAUCCUCCUGGAUGAGUUGUUGUUUAGGUUCUCUCUCCUUCUCAAUCCUCCUGGAGUUUGUUUGUUUAGUUCUCUCCUUCUCUAUCCCUUCUUGGAGUUGUUUGUUUCAGUUCUCUCUUCUCUAUCAUCCUGGUAGUUGUUUGUUUAUUGUCUCUACCCUCCUCUAGGCCUCCUGGAAAUGUUGUUUAGUUCUCUCCUCCUCUAUCCUCCUGAGUUGUUGUUUAGUUCUCUCCUUCUCCUCCCUCCUGGAGUUGUUGUUUAAGUCUUUCCCUCCUCCUAUCCUCCUGGAGUUGUUGUUUAGUUCUCUGCUUCUCUCCAUCCUCCUGGAGUUGUUGUUUAGUUCUCUCCUUCUCUAUCCUCCUGGAGUUGUUGUUUAGUUCUCUCCUUCUCUAUCCUUCUGGAGUUGUUGUUUAGUUCUCUCUUCUCUAUCAUCCUGGAGUUGUUGUUUAGUUCUCUCCUUCUCUAUCCUUCUGGAGUUGUUGUUUAGUUCUCUCUUCUCUAUCAUCCUGGAGUUGUUGUUUAGUUCUCUCCUCCUCUAUCCUCCUGGAAAUGUUGUUUAGUUCACUCCUUCUCUAUCCUCCUGGAGAUGUUGUUUAGUUCUCUGCUUCUCUAUCCUCCUGGAGUUGUUGUUUAGUUCUCUGCUUCUCCAUCCUCCUGGAGUUGUUGUUUAGUUCUCUCCUAUAUCCUCCUGGAGUUGUUGUUUAGUUCUCUCCUCUGUCCUCCUGGAGUUGUUGUUUAGUUCUCUCCUUUUCUAUCCUUCUGGAAUUAUUGUUUAGUUCUCUCCUUCUCUAUCCUCCUAGAGUUGUUGUUUAGUUCUCUCCUUCUCUAUCCUUCUGGAGUUGUUGUUUAGGUCUCUCCUUCUCUAUCCUCCUGGUGUUGUUGUUUAGUUCCCUUUCUUCUAUCCUCCUGGAGUUGUUGUUUAGUUCUCUCCUCUAUCCUCCUGGAGUUGCUGUUUAGUUCUCUCCUCCUCUAUCCUCCUGGAGUUGUUGUUUAGUUCUCUCCUCCUCUAUCCUCCUGGAGUUGUUUUUUAGUUCUUUCCUCCUCUAUCCUCCUGGAGUUGUUGUUUAGUUCUCUCCUUCUCUAUCUUCCUGGAGUUGUUGUUUAGGUCUCUCCUUCUCUAUCCUCCUGGAGUUGUUCUAUAGUUCUAUCCUUCUCUACCAUCCUGGAGCUGUUGUUUAGUUUUCUCCUCCUCUAUACUCCUGGAGUUGUUGUUUAGUUCUCUCCUUCUCUAUCCUCCUGGUGUUGUUGUUUAGUUCUCUCUCCUCCUCUAUCCUCCUGGAGUUGUUGUUUAGUUCUCUCUUCUAUCCUCCUGGAGUUAUUGUUUAGUUCUCUCCUUCUCUAUCCUCCUGGAGUUGUUGUUUAGUUCUCUCCUCUCUCCUCCUUGAGUUGUUGUUUAGUUAUCUCAACUCUCCUCCUGGAGUGGUGGUUUAGAUCUCUCCUUCUCUAGCCUUCUUGAGUUGUUGUUUUAUUUCUCUCCUCUCUCCUUCUGUAGUUGUUGUUUUAUUUCUCUCCUCUCUCCUCCUGGAGUUGGUUUAUUUUCUUUUUUUCCCCUCCCCCUCCUGGAGUUUUUGUUUUUUUUCUCUCCCCUUUUCCGGAGGGUUUUUUUUAUUUCUUUUAUCCUCCCGGGGGGUUUUCUAUUCUUCCCUUCCCCUGAAGUUUUUGUUUUUAUUUUUCCUUCUCCUCCCCGUUGUCUUCCCAUGUUCAUUUUUCUUUUUUUUUUUCUUGUUUCUUAAUCCUUUGAAUGAAAAAUCUUUUUCCUCUCUCUCUUCCUCUUUUCCUCUCUUUUCUUUUUUUUAUUCCCCUUCUCUGUUGUCUGUUCUCUUCUCUCUCUUUCUCUUCUUUCUUUCUUCUCCUUCCCCCCUUUCUUUCUUUUCCCCUUCUCUCUCGCUCUCUCUCUUGUCUUUUCGCUUUUUGUCCCCCCCCCUUCUCUCUCUUUCCUUCUGUCUGUCUGUCUUCUGUUGUCUCUCAUGUCUCUCUCUCUCUUUUUUUUUCUUCUCUCUCUCUUUCCUCUCUCUCAUCUCCUCUCUCUCCUCUCUUCCUUCUCUCUCUCUUUCUCUAUUUCUCUCCUUUUCUCUCUCUCCUCUCUUCUUCUCUCCCCUUUUCUCUCUCUUUCGUCCUGCCUGUCGGGGCUCUCAGCCUCUCUUUCUUCUGUCCUCCUUUUGUCUGUCCCUUUUGUUCGCCUCACGUCUCUUUUCCCCUUUUCUUUUCUCUCUCUCUCUCUUCUUCUCCUCUCUUCUCUCUUCUCUCCUCUUCUCUCUCUCCCUUUUUCUCUCCUCUCUCUCCUCUCUCUCUCCUCUUCUCCUCUCUCUCUUCUCUCUCUCUCUCUCUCUUCUCUCGCUGCUCCUCUUCUCUCUCCUUCUCUCUCUCUCUCUCUCUCUCUCUCUUCUCUCUCUCUCUCUCUCUCUCUCCUCUCUUCUCUCUCUCUCUCUCGCUGUCUCUCUCUGUCUGUCUCUCGCUGUCUCUCUCUGUCUCUCUCUGUCUCUCUCUCUCCAGGUAUCUCUCUCUGUAGACCUGUACAGCUCUGAUGUUAUUACUGAUCAGAUCCUCUCAGACUGUAGACCUGUACAUCUCUGAUGUUGUUAAGGAUCAGAUCCUCUCAGACUGCUGUACAUCUCUGCAGCAGCUGGGAUAUGGCCCUGAGCUGGAUUACCAAGGUAAUUUAUCAAACAAAUCACUUAGCCGGAAGAAGUUUGUUUUCCAGAAUAUUUUGCCACAUUUUGCUGAACUUUUAUUUUGCUGACUGUAAGUCGCUCUGGAUAAGAGAGUCAGCUAUAUGAUUAAAAUGUAUAAUUGUAAUUUAUCCAUCCUUGCCACCCUGACAGAGGUGUUGGUUAUGUUGUUCUGUUGACAGCAGGAAGGCAGAGAGUGAUUAAUACUGCUACGUGGUAGUGCAAGGCUGAAAGUGACAGAUCUAUCGCAAGUAACCAACCGAAAGGUGAAUGAAUGAACGACCUCGUUGUCCCUUCUAAAAAGCUGUUCUCUUUGGUUCAUGUCUUGAACUUGUCUCACAGAAACGUUGCCAGAUUAUUCUGUGUCUGCAUACCAUCACCUUUCAUCCAGUGCUUGGUGGUCUGAGGAGAUGAUUGGAGAGGAGUGGUUCCCACAGUAGUAGAUCCUAUAGUCCUGGUGAAUCCUCCCCUCUGAGCUGGAAGAUAGGAGUAGACCAUGACACUAGAUAUCGCCGUGGUGAUCAUUUACAAUUUCAAGUUCCCAUGAAAGGGCAUUAUGUCUGUUCAAAUUCAAAUCAUGAUAGUUGUUAACUUGUUAACCUAACUGAAAGCCUUUACUCACCUCAUUCAGAUUACAACGGACCAGGUAUGUAAGUAACAUUUUAUUGGAUAUAAAUGUAUAGAUAAAAGUCCUCUCCCCUUAGCGGCGUUGGCAAAAGGCAGAUGUUUCUGGUUUUAAGGGAUACAGUAUUUUCAACCUAACUUCUGUUUCCCCUGAAAAACGGAAGUGGUGUUUUCUACACCUGCUACAUUAGCUUAAAAGUCAUCCAACAGCAACAGCCAAUCACAACAAGCCCCAUACAGCCAGUCAGUCAGGGUUGUAAAUUCCUACCUUUGAACCUGUUCCCUGAUAGCAACAGAUAUAAACACUGACCAGCAGCUUCAAACAGCCUCUGUCUAGAAGGAGACUAGUUAAUGGAUUCACCUGACAGACCAGCAGCUUCAAACAGCCUCUGUCUAGAAGGAGACUGGUUAAUGGAGUCACCUGACAGACCAGCAGCUUCAAACAGCCUCUGUCUAGAAGGAGACUGGUUAAUGAAGUCACCGGACAAACCAGCAGCUUCAAACAGCCUCUGUCUAGAAGGAGACUGAUCAAUGAAGUCACCUGACAGACCAGCAGCUUCAAACAGCCUCUGUUUAGAAGGAGACUGGUUAAUGGAGUCACCUGACAGACCAGCAGCUUCAAACAGCCUCUGUCUAGAAGGAGACUGGUUAAUGAAGUCACCUGACAGACCAGCAGCUUCAAACAGCCUCUGUCUAGAAGGAGACUGGUUAAUGAAGUCACUUGACAGACCAGCAGCUUCAAACAGCCUCUGUCUAGAAGGAGACUGGUUAAUGAAGUCACCUGACAGACCAGCAGCUUCAAACAGCCUCUGUCUAGAAGGAGACUGGUUAAUGAAGUCACCUGACAGACCAGCAGUUUCAAACAGCCUCUCUCUAGAAGGAGACUGAUCAAUGAAGUCACCUGACAGACCAGCAGUUUCAAACAGCUUCUGUCUAGAAGGAGACUGGUUAAUGAAGUCACCUGACAGACCAGCAGCUUCAAUCAGCCUCUCUCUAGAAGGAAACUGGUUAAUGAAGUCACCUGACAGACCAACAGCUUCAAACAGCUUCUGUCUAGAAGGAGACUGGUUAAUGAAGUCACCUGACAGACCAGCAGCUUCAAUCAGCCUCUCUCUAGAAGGAAACUGGUUAAUGCAGACACCUGACAGACCAGCAGUUUCAAACAGCUACUGUCUAGAAGGAGACUGGUUAAUGAAGUCACUUGACAGACCAGCAGACACAACACAUCAGUUUCACAGCUCACACAGACACACAGUGAUUAGGGGCUGGAGCUAGGAGCUUUCUAGUGGUUCAGGAGGAGAAGGAGGAGGAAAAGGAGGAGGAGGAGGAGGAGGAGGAGGAGGAGGAGGAAGAGAGGAAGGGUAUAUUAAAUCUCUAUUGGCUGACAGGGAAGAUGUUUGCAACUUAUUGGUUCCUCCAGGCAAUCUAGUUAUUAACACAGAACAAAUUGCUAAAACUUGCAAAUCUGCCCCGAAGGGAAAUUUUUCUUCAAUCCUAUAGCUUGAGAUGUUUGUUACCUCUCUGUUCUGUCUCUAUUUAUUUUUUUUUCUCUAAUUCCAAUCUUUAUUAGAUUUAUGUAUUCUUUCUCUCUCUAAUAUUCUCUCUAUUUUGCUUCUUCUCAGAUAUCUCUCUCUCCUCUAUCUCUCUCUCUCUCCUCUAUCUCUCUCUAUCUCUCUCUUCUCUUCUCUCCUCUCUCUCUUUCUCGUUCUCACUCUCUCUUUCUCUUUCUCUCUCUAUCUCUCUAUCACUCUCUCUCUCUUUAUCUCUCUCUCUCCUCUCUCUCUCUGUCCUCUCUCUCUCGUCUCACUCUCUCGUUCUCUCUAUCACUCUCUCUCUCCUCUCGCUCUUGCUCUCACUCCUCUCUCUCUCUCUCUCUCGCUUUUCUCUCUCUCAAUUAAAUUACAGUUUUUCUCGAUUGCUAAGACACAUUUCUUGAAAGCUGCUCUCCCUUUCUCUUAACUGUGAACACAAAACCCAAUUUUCAAGCUACCACUCACAAAACCUCAGACUCUUCUUGCCAAAACCAAACUUUCACCUCAAAAACAGUUCAAUCUGUGCUCAAAACUGAACUAUGUUGUCAAAUCGUGCCCCGAGUCAAUCAAAAUAAAAAACACUACUGAACAGUCACUAAACACUACGUAGAAAAGUAGAAAUCCCAAUGGUCAGGACAUGAAGCUGGAGAAAUAAAUGUUUAUUGUUCACUGUAGGCUAAAUGCAUGUUGCAAAACAAAAAAAACCUGUGCAUUUAGCACUUGUACAAAAAGACCAAAACAGAAAUCUUGUGCAUUUACAUGUAGCACUUGUAAAAACAAACAGAAAUCUUAUGCGUUUGCCACUUGUGUACAGUAAGCCCAUGUAAAAAUAAAGUACAAAAAUAUACAAAUAAGUGCAUUACUCAGCCACAGCAUCAUGUCUCCGUACUGGGUCAGGCCACAGGACUUCAUCCACAUCACAGGCCACAUUUUGUCUGGCCAGGCAACGGGGGAAAAAACCCCUGGCAUGCCGUAUCCAGGCUUGGCAUGCCUCCACACCUAUGUCACCACAGGCAAGUCCCAUGGCUUUCAGGAGAUUUACCCUGGUGUAAGGUUGGCGUUCAUAUACCUUCCACCGCCAUGAGGAGAAUAAUUCCUCAAUGGGGUUUAGGAAAGGGGGAGUACGGUGGAAGGCAAAGAUUGAUAAAACCUUGGUUCAUAUUGUACCACUCUCUAACCUGGAGGGCUCUGUGAAAACUCACAUUGUCCCAAACAACAACAUAGAUGGGAUGCUCAUCCUGCUGCCCCUAACAAAGCAUCUCGCAUGUGAUUGAGGAAAAUGAGGAGCUGGUGAGUGUUGUAGGGCCCCAGGUUGGCAUGAUGGUGGACAACCCCAUGAUUGCUGAUGGCAGCACAUAAUGUGACAUUGCCACCACGCUGCCCAGGAACACCAACAAUGGCCCGAUGGCCAAUCACAUUACGGCCUCUCCUUCUCCUUUUGGUGAGAUUAAACCCAGCUUCAUCCAUGUAGAUGUAUUGAUGGGGUCUUUCCAUUGCAUCCAGUUGAAAAAACCCUCUGUAGAAAUAGAUAUCGUUUUGUAAGUGAUACGGAAAAAGUGAUUUAGGCCACUACAGUAAAUCACUACUUAGAGUAAUCAACAUUGAAUGUGUCUGGAUAUAUGCCAACCUGUACAUACUGGAAUCUUUGCUCUUUGACUCUGUCUGAGUUGCGAUCAAAGGGCACUCUGUAUAGCUGUUUCAUGCGCAGUCUGUUGCGCUUGAGGACACGAUCAACAGUAGAGAGGCUGACACUGUUGAUACCCUCAAAAUUUAAAUGGUCCUCAAUGAUCUUCUGCUGAAUUUCGCUCAGUUUAAUGGCAUUGUUCUCACGGACCAUAUCAACAAUUAGGGUCUCUUGGUGUGGGGAGAACAUACCUGUCCUCCCACCCCCAUGUGGCAGUCUUUCAAUUCUACAAAAAGAGAACAUGGAGCUACAAAAAAUAUACAUGGAAUACUAGGCCUACAAACAGUUAGACCAACCCUCCAUUACAAUACUACAGUACAUUGGUACAGUGAUGUACUGAAACAUAUAUUUACUUACAGUAUACUGUGGUACAGUAUAUAGUAUGUCAUACAGUAAUUGCUGUCAACAUUUACAUACUGUACUAUAAUGUCAAAAAAAGGUAAUUACCUGUUCUCUUCUCUAAAUCUUCGGAUUAUGGUGGACACAGUGAAUCUACUGAUGUUUAGUUGUACCCUUGUCCAGCCUCCCUCAUGCUCAUAUCAUGGACAAGAACAUGGUCAAUCACAGUAGCUCUGAUUUCAUCAGAUAUUACUGUUCUUUGUCUUCGCUGACCACCUCGACCACCUCGACCUCCUCUCACACGAACUCUUCCUCUCAGAUUUCUAUCCAUUGUAGGGCCUCACAAACCAGUGCUCUCUGAACUGGCUUACUGUAUAUGUUCCCUCACAUCAUUAGCCACAAGUGUGAUCAAUUUUGAGUUGUUGUGUUCAAGUGGUGACACCUGUGCUCUAAUUGUGUUUGACUUUUGUCACCUGUGCUCACCAUUAUGCAGCACGGGUGCAUCACAAUGAAAAUGUGUUGGCAAGUUAUGUCUAAACAGGUGAAAAGUGCUUAUGGUUUUGCCAAAAGAGUGAUUGAUUCAAUCAGUGGGUUCAGGCAACUGAGCAUUUGGUUCAGACAAUAGGGUUUAGUGUUUUAGCAAUUGAGAAAACUGUAAAUUCAAAGGGCUUUAUUGGCAUGGGAAGCAUAUGUUUACAUUGCCAAAGCAAGUGAAAUAGAUCAUGAACAAAAAUGAACAGUAAACAUUACACUCACAAAAGUUUGAAAGUAAUAGAGACAUUUCAAAUGUCAUAUUAUGGCUUUAUACAGUAUUGUAACAAUGUGCAAAUAGUUAAAGUACAAAAGGGAAAAUAAAUAAACAUAAAUAUGGGUUGUAUUUACACUGGUGUUUGUUCUUCACUGGUUGCCCUUUUCUUGUGGCAACAGGUCACAAAUCUUUCUGCUGUGAUUGCACACUGGUAUUUCAUCCCAAUAGAUAUGGGAGGUUAUCAAAAUUGGGUUUGUUUUAGAAUUCUUUGUGGGUCUGUGUAAUCUGAGGGAAAUAUGUGUCUCGAAUAUGGUCAUACAUUUGGCAGGAGGUUAGGAAGUGCAGCACAGUUUCCACCUCAUUUUGUGGACAGUGGGCACAUAGCCUGUCUUCUCUUGAGAGCCAGGUCUGCCUACUCACUGAGUCUGUACAUAGUCAAAGCUUUCCUUAAUUUUGGGUCAGUCAUAGUGGUCAGGUAUUCUGCCACUGUUUACUCUUGGUUUGGGCCAAAUAGCAUUCUAGUUUGCUCUGUUUUUUUGUUAAUUCUUUCCAAUGUGUCAAGUAAUUAUCUUUUUUUUUUCUCAUGGUUUGGUUGGGUCUAACUGUGUUGCUGUCCUGGGGCUCUGUGGGAUCUGUUUGUGUUUGUGAACAAAUCAAAUCAAAUCAAAUGUUAUUUGUCACAUGUGCCGAAUACAACAGGUGUAGACCUUACAGUGAAAUGCUUACUUACAAGCCCUUAACCAACAAUGCAGUUUUAAGAAAUAAUACCAAAAUAAAUCACACAAAAAUACAAUAUAAAAUAAUACAAAAUAAAAGUAACAAACUAUUAAAGAGCAGCAGUAAAAAUAACAAUAGCGAGGCUAUAUACAGGGGGUACCGGUACCGAGUCAAUGUGCGGGGGCACCGGUUAGUCGAGGUAAUUGGGGUAAUUUGUACAUGUAGGUAGAGUUAUUAAAGUGACUAUGCAUAGAUAAUAAACAGAGAGUAGCAGCAGCGUAAAAGAGGGGGUGGGGACUACUGCAAAUAGUCUGGGUAGCCAUUUGAUUAGAUGUUCAGGAGUCUUAUGGCUUGGGGGUAGAAGCUGUUUAAAAGCCUCUUGGACCUAGACUUGGCGCUCCGGUACCGCUUGCCGUGCGGUAGCAGAGAGAACAGUCUAUGACUAGGGUGGCUGGAAUCUUUGACAAUUUUUAGGGCUUCCUCUGACACCGCCUGGUAUAGAGGUCCUGGAUGGCAGGAAGCUUGGCCCCAGUGAUGUACUGGGCCGUACGCACUACCCUCUGUAGUGCCUUGCGGUCGGAGGCCGAGCAGUUGCCAGACCAGGCAGUGAUGCAACCAGUCAGGAUGCUCUCGAUGGUGCAGCUGUAGAACCUUUUGAGGAUCUGAGGACCCAUGCCAAAUUGUUUCAGUCUCCUUAGGGGGAAUAGGUUUUGUCGUGCCCUCUUCACGACUGUCUUGGUGUGCUUGGACCAUGUUAGUUUGUUGGUGAUGUGGACCUGCUCCCCUACAGCCCCGUCGAUGAGAAUGGGGGCGUGCUCGGUCCUCUUCUUUUUCCUGUAGUCCACAAUCAUCUCCUUUGUCUUGAGGUUGUUGUCCUGGCACCACACAGCCAGGUCUCUGACCUCUUCCCUAUAGGCUGUCUCGUCGUUGUCGGUGAUCAGGCCUACCACUGUUGUGUCAUCGGCAAACUUAAUGAUAGUGUUGGAGUCGUGCCUGGCCAUGCAGUCAUGAGUGAACAGGGAGUACAGGAGGGGACUGAGCACGCACCCCUGAGGGGCCCCCGUGUUGAGUAUCAGCGUGGCGAAUGUGUUGUUACCUACUCUUACCACCUAGGGGCGGCCCGUCAGGAAGUCCAGGAUCCAGUUGCAGAGGGAGGUGUUUAGUCCCAUGGUCCUUAGCUUAGUGAUGAGCUUUGAAGGCACUAUAGUGUUGAAUGCUGAGCUGGACCAGCUUGCUUAGGGGACUCUUCUCCAGGUUAAUCUCUCUGUAGUUGAUGGCUUUGUUAUGGAAGGCUUGGGAAUCGCUUCCAUUUAGGUGGUUGUAGAAUUUAAUGGCUCUUUUCUGGAUUUUGAUAAUUAGCAGGUAUCGGCCUAAUUCUGCGCUGCAUGCAUUAUUUUGUGUUUUACAUUGUUCACUGAGGAUAUUUUUGCAGAAUCUACAUGCGGAGUCUCAAUUUGGUGUUUGUCCCAUUUUGUGAAUUCUUGAUUGGUGAACGGAUCCCAGACCUCACAACCAUGAAGGGCAAUGGGUUCUAUAACUGAUUCAAGUGUUUUUAGCCAGAUCCUAGUUGGUAUGUCGAAUUUUCCAUUUGAUGUAUAGUUUUUUGUGUGCUCUAGGGCAACGGUGUCUAGAUGCAAUUUGUAUUUGUAGUCCUGGCAACUGGACCUUUUUUGGAACACCAUUGUUUUUGUGUUACUGAGAUUUACUGUCAGGGACCAGGUCUGACGGAAGUUUACAUACACUUAGGUUGGAGUCAUUAAAACUUGUUUUCCAACCACUCCACAAAUUUCUUGUUAACAAACUAUAGUUUUGGCAAGUCGGUUAGGACAUCUACUUUGUGCAUGACACAAGUAAUUUUUCCAACAAUUGUUUACAGACAUAUUAUUUCACUUAUAAUUCACUGUAUCACAAUUCCAGUGUGUCAGAAGUUUACAUACACUAAGUUGACUGUGCCUUUAAACAGCUUGGAAAAUUCCAUGAAUGAUGUCAUGUACUUUGGUGUGAAACAUGCAAAUCAAUCCCAGAACAACAGCAAAGGACCUUGUGAAGAUGCUGGAGGAAAUCAUCUCCCAAAUAUCACUAUUUCUAAAACAAGCCAUAGAAAGUUGGUUGCAAUUUCAAUUUAAUCCUCCAGAAAUGACAGAACAAAUAUUGCAACAAAUAUUGUGGUUAAACUCAAAUAUACUAUUUGAUAAAAAAACGUUAUUUUUUGAGAAAAUGUUUAAAAAAGGUAUAAUCUUCGUAAAUGAUAUUAUCGGUAGGAAUGGUGGAGUUCUGUCGCACAUUCAGCUAACAAAAACAUGUCUGUUCUACCCAAAAUUACAACCAAAUAAUUGCAGCAUUACCGCAAAAAUGGAAAGAAAAUUGUGAUAAAUAUUGUGAUAAAUAAAAAGGUUUACCAGUUUCAUUUAAGGACCAAAAGAUUGACAGCCGUUCCAUAUAGAUUGCAAAAUAGUUGGGAAUAGAUUUUUGACGUACCGAUUCCAUGGCAUAGUGUUUAUGAACUGAUACGCAAAACGAUGCUGGAUUCAAAACUUAUAAUUUUUCGAUUUAAAUUAUUAUAUAAAAUUCUUGCUACCAAUAGAAUGUUAUUUGUAUGGGGAUAUAAUCUUCCCAGCUCUGCAGAUUUGGCUGUGAAGAGACAGAAUCAUUAGAUCAUUUGUUUUGGUACUGUCCAUUUGUAGCUUGUUUCUGGACACAGGUCCAGGAAUGGCUGAAGGAUUGCAAUAUUUGCAUGGAGCUGACCCUGCAGAUAGCACUACUGGGUGAUCUGAAAAGUCAUAGUCAAUUGAUCAAUAAUAUAAUAAUACUUUUAGCAAAAAUGUUUAUUUUCAAUUCACAAACUGUAGAAACAAUGAGAAUAGAAAGGUUCAGAACUUUUGUAAAACAUCACAGUACAGUUGAAAAAUAUAUGGCAAAUAGAAAUCCAAUAUGGAUGGUGUUAAGAGAUAGAUGGGAGGUGUUGAAUGAAGCUGAAGGAUGGGACUAAUAACAACAACUAAUAACAACAAGAUAAAUAGUGUAAGACAUGCUGUGUCCAUAAUAGGUAUAUAGGUUAUAUAUUGUGAGCUUUUGUGAAAGAGCACAGUUAGAAAGAUAUGGCAUAUAGAAGCAUACCAGAUGGACGUCAUGAAAAUGAUCGGAGGAAGUUCAGGAGUAAAAACAAACAAAAUAUAAUUAUUGACUGUGUCCAUAAAAUGUAUAUAGUAUGUAUAAGCAUGAAGUAGAGGCCUAAGCAUUGUUGUUCAUUAGUUUACUCCAAUUAGGGAAGGGAUGGUGGGGUUGGAAAGUAAUAAAGGGAAAUAUAUAUAUAUUUUUAAAGGAUAUGUAUGUAUAUAUAUAUAUAUGUAUGUAUAUUCGUAUAUGUAUGUAUGCGUAUGUAUGUGUAUAUAUAUAUAUAUAUGUAUAUAUAUAUAUAUAUAUAUAUAUACAGUGAGGGAAAAAAGUAUUUGAUCCCCUGCUGAUUUUGUACGUUUGCCCACUGACAAAAAAAUGAUCAGUCUAUAAUUUUGAUGGUAGGUUUAUUUAAACCGUGAGAGACAGAAUAACAACAAAAAAAUCCAGAAAAACGCAUGUCAAAAAUGUUAUAAAUUGAUUUGUAUUUUAAUGAGGGAAAUAAGUAUUUGACCCCUCUGCAAAACAUGACUUAGUACUUGGUGGCAAAACCCUUGUUGGCAAUCACAGAGGUCAGACGUUUCUUGUAGUUGGCCACCAGGUUUGCACACAUCUCAGGAGGGAUUUUGCUCCACUCCUCUUUACAGAUCUUCUCCAAGUCAUUAAGGUUUUGAGGCUGACAUUUGGCAACUCGAACCUUCAGCUCCCUCCACAGAUUUUCUAUGGGAUUAAGGUCUGGAGACUGGCUAGGCCACUCCAGGACCUUAAUGUGCUUCUUCUUGAGCCACUCCUUAGUUGCCUUGGGUCAUUGUCAUGCUGGAAUACCCAUCCACGACCCAUUUUCAAUGCCCUGGCUGAGGGAAGGAGGUUCUCACCCAAUAUUUGACGGUGCAUGGCCCCGUCCAUCGUCCCUUUGAUGCAGUGAAGUUGUCCUGUCCCCUUAGCAGAAAAACACUCCCAAAGCAUAAUGUUUCCACCUCCAUGUUUGACGGUGGGGAUGGUGUUCUUGGGGUCAUAGGCAGCAUUCCUCCUCCUCCAAACACGGCGAGUUGAGUUAAUGCCAAAGAGCUCCAUUUUGGUCUCAUCUGACCACAACACUUUCACCCAGUUCUCCUCUAAAUCAUUCAGAUGUUCAUUGGCAAACUUCAGACGGGCAUGUACAGUGGGGAAAAAAAGUAUUUAGUCAGCCACCAAUUGUGCAAGUUCUCCCACUUAAAAAGAUGAGAGAGGCCUGUAAUUUUCAUCAUAGGUACACGUCAACUAUGACAGACAGAUUGAGAAAAAAAAAAUCCAGAAAAUCACAUUGUAGGAUUUUUUAUGAAUUUAUUUGCAAAUUAUGGUGGAAAAUAAGUAUUUGGUCACCUACAAACAAGCAAGAUUUCUGGUUCUCACAGACCUGUAACUUUUUCUUUAAGAGGCUCCUCUGUCCUCCACUCGUUAUCUGUAUUAAUGGCACCUGUUUGAACUUGUUAUCAGUAUAAAAGACACCUGUCCACAACCUCAAACAGUCACACUCCAAACUCCAUUAUGGCCAAGACCAAAGAGCUGUCAAAGGACACCAGAAACAAAAUUGUAGACCUGCACCAGGCUGGGAAGACUGAAUCUGCAAUAGGUAAGCAGCUUGGUUUGAAGAAAUCAACUGUGGGAGCAAUUAUUAGGAAAUGGAAGACAUACAAGACCACUGAUAAUCUCCCUCGAUCUGGGGCUCCACGCAAGAUCUCACCCCGUGGGGUCAAAAUGAUCACAAGAACGGUGAGCAAAAAUCCCAGUACCACACAGGGGGGACCUAGUGAAUGACCUGCAGAGAGCUGGGACCAAAGUAAGAAAGCCUACCAUCAGUAACACACUACGCCGCCAGGGACUCAAAUCCUGCAGUGCCAGACGUGUCCCCCUGCUUAAGCCAGUACAUGUCCAGGCCCGUCUGAAGUUUGCUAGAGUGCAUUUGGAUGAUCCAGAAGAGGAUUGGGAGAAUGUCAUAUGGUCAGAUGAAACCAAAAUAGAACUUUUUGGUAAAUACUCAACUCGUCGUGUUUGGAGGACAAAGAAUGCUGAGUUGCAUCCAAAGAACACCAUACCUACUGUGAAGCAUGGGGGUGGAAACAUCAUGCUUUGGGGCUGUUUUUCUGCAAAGGGACCAGGACGACUGAUCCGUCUAAAGGAAAGAAUGAAUGGGGCCAUGUAUCGUGAGAUUUUGAGUGAAAACCUCCUUCCAUCAGCAAGGGCAUUGAAGAUGAAACGUGGCUGGGUCGAUGUGAUUUUCUGGAUUUUUUUUUCUCAAUUUGUCUGUCAUAGUUGAAUGUGUACCUAUGAUGAAAAUUACAGGCCUCUCUCAUCUUUUUAAGUGGGAGAACUUGCACAAUUGGUGGCUGACUAAAUACUUUUUUUCCCCCACUGUAUAUGUGCUUUCUUGAGCAGGGGGACCUUGCGGGCGCUGCAGGAUUUCAGUCCUUCACGGCGUAGUGUGUUACCAAUUGUUAUUAUGAAAAACUUAGUUUAAAUGUAUUUGGCUAAGGUGUAUGUAAACUUCCGACUUCAACUGUAUGUGCUGCUGUAGGCCCUCCUUGGUUGGGGAAAGAUGCACCAGAUCAUCAGCAAACAGUAGACAUUUGACUAAAGAUUAGUAGGUUGAGCUGCAUACCUGUCUCACCCCACGGCCCUGUGGAAAUAAAUGUUUGUGUUAUUGGUCCAUUUUAACAACACUUGUUGUUUGUGUUCAUGGAUUUUAUAAUGUCGUAUGUUUUUCCACCAAUACCACUUUCCAUCAAUUUAUAUAGCAAAUCUCUCUCUCUCUCUCUCUCUCUCUCUCUCUCUCUCUCUCUCUCUCUCUCUCUCUCUCUCUCUCUCUCUCUCUCUCUCUCUCUCUCUCUCUCUCUCUCUCUCUCUAUCUCUCUCUCUCUCAUCUCUAUCUAAUGCAUUAUUCAUCCAUCUUUCAUCUAGGUUUGUUUUGCUCUGGGACUAAGUGUACAUUUUGAUUGGUAGUAAGUUUCUCUGUGACUCCCUCAGGGCCUUGAGAAAUGCACUCCGCUUGUGUAUCCAAGAAAUAUGGCAGAUAAUUGCAGCAGUGUUGCAGCGAUGCUGAUAGCUAGUUGUUGUGGUUGGUGUUUUUUUCACACCUCACACAGUAACAGGUAGGCUCUCAGGGAGAGAGAGAUGCAACAUAUGAGUGUAGUGGAGAGAGAGAUGUAUGGAGAGACUAAAGGGGAAGAGGGUUUGUUGGUUUAUGUGAUUGCGUCAGAAGGAAAGAGCAACCCCCUGUGUGUUUGUAUUGGAGUAAUGAGGUCUUUCCAAAAGGAACGUUCCCCAUAGGCCAAGGACCCCCCAAGGCUCCAGUCUGCAGUGUGCAACUAAGGCUUUACCCUGCCUAUUUCUGCAGUAGUUGGUUACACAUAUUCAGGAGGAGAUAAGCAAAUACCUUAUUUGUGACAAAGUAGCAAUUUAGUAGUAUUUAUAACUGUGUAAUUCAUUGUAAAUAAACUAGUAAUAACACUACCCGCGAGACAUACACUACCAACCAGCCAACUCCUAAUGUUAGUGACUGUAAUAAAGUAGUAUUAGAUAUACACUACCAACCAUCUCCUAAUGUUAGUGACUGUACGGAAGUAGUAUUAGAUAUACACUACCAACCAUCUCCUAAUGUUAGUGACUGUACGAAAGUAGUAUUAGAUAUACACUACCAACCAACUCCUAAUGUUAGUGACUGUACUAAAGUAGUAUUAGAUAUACACUACCAACCAUCUCCUAAUGUUAGUGACUGUACGAAAGUAGUAUUAGAUAUACACUACCAACCAUCUCCUAAUGUUAGUGACUGUACGAAAGUAGUAUUAGAUAUACACUACCAACCAACUCCUAAUGUUAGUGACUGUACUAAAGUAGUAUUAGAUAUACACUACCAACCAUCUCCUAAUGUUAGUGACUGUACUAAAGUAGUAUUAGAUAUACACUACCAACCAUCUCCUAAUGUUAGUGACUGUACUAAAGUAGUAUUAGAUAUACACUACCAACCAUCUCCUAAUGUUAGUGACUGUACUAAAGUAGUAUUAGAUAUACACUACCAACCAACUCCUAAUGUUAGUGACUGUAUAAGCACUAGUCUACUAUCCCUCUAACUCACUAAGCACUAGUCUACUACCCCUCUAACUCACUAAGCACUAGUCUACUACCCCUCUAACUCAAUAAGCACUAGUCUACUAUCCCUCUAACUCACUAAGCCCUAGUCUACUAUCCCUCUAACUCACUAAGCACUAGUCUACUACCCCUCUAACUCACUAAGCACUAGUCUACUACCCCUCUAACUCACUAAGCACUAGUCUACUAUCCCUCUAACUCACUAAGCACUAGUCUACUACCCCUCUAACUCACUAACACUAGUCUACUACCCCUCUAACUCACUAAGCACUAGUCUAAUAUCCCUCUAACUCACUAAGCACUAGUCUACUCUCCUUCUAACUCACUAAGCACUAGUCUACUAUCCAUCUAACUCACUAAGCACUAGUCUACUACCCCUCUAACUCACUAAGCACUAGUCUACUAUCCUUCUAACUCACUAAGCACUAGUCUACUAUCCAUCUAAACUCACUAAGCACUAGUCUACUACCCCUCUAACUCACUAAGCACUAGUCUACUAUCCUUCUAACUCACUAAGCCACUAUCUACUAACCUCUAACUCACUAACCACUAGUCUACUACCCCUCUAACUCACUAAAGCACUAGUCUACUUCCUCCUUCUAACUCACUAGCACUAGUCUACUAUCCUCUACUCACUAAGCACUAGUCUACUACCCCUCUAACUCACUAAGCACUAGUCUACUACCCCUCUAUCUCACUAAGCACUAGUCUAAUACCCCUACUAACUCACUAAGUACUAGUCUACUACCCUCUAACUCACUCAGCACUAGUCUAACUACCCCUCUAACUCACUAAGCACUAGUUUACUAUCCCUCUAACUCACUUAGCACUAGUUUACUACCCUCUAACUCACUAAGCACUAGUCUACUACGACCAACUACCACAACCCUCUAACUCACUAAGUCACUAGUCUACUACCCCCUCGAACUCACUAAGUCAUAGUCUACUACCCCCCUCUAACUCACUAAGCACUAGUUUACUAUCCUCUAACUCACUUAGCAACUAGUUUACUACCCCUCUAAACUCACUAAGCACUAGUCUACUACCCCUCUAACUCACUAAGCACUAGUCUACUAUCCCUCUAACUCACUUAGCACUAGUUUACUACCCCUCUAACUCACUAAGCACUAGUCUACUACCCCUCUAACUCACUAAGCACUAGUCUACUACCCCUCUAAACUCACUAAGCACUAGUCUACUAUCCGUUCUAACUCACUAAGCACUAGUCUACUAUCCCUCGAACUCACUAACACUAGUCUACUACCCCUCUAACUCACUAAGCACUAGUCUACUACCCCUCUAACACACUAAGCACUAGUCUACUAUCCCUCUAACACACUAAGCACUAGUUUACUAUCCCUCUAAUCCCUAAGCACUAGUCUACUAUCCCGCUAACACACUAAGCACUAGUCUACUAUCCCUCUAACACACUAAGCACUAGUCUACUAUCCCUCUAAUCCCUAACAGCACUUCUACUAUCUCUCUAACUCACUAAGCACUAGUCUACUAUCCCUCUAACUCACUAGCACUAGUCCUACUAUCCCUCUAACUCACUAAGCACUAGUCUACUACCCCUCUAACUCACUAAGGCACUAGUCUACUAUCCCUCUAACUCACUAAGCACUAGUCUACUAUCCCUCUAACUCACUAAAGCACUAGUCUACUACCCCCCUCAAACUCACUAAGCACUAGUCUACUACCCCCUAAACCUCACUAAGCACUAAUAUACUAUCCAUCUAACUCACUAAGCACUAGUCUACUAUCCCUCUAACCACUAAGCACUAGUCUCUAUCCCUCUAAACUCACUAACACUAAGUAUACUACCCCUCAACUCACUAAGCACUAUCUACUAUCCCUCUAACUCACUAAGCACUAAUGAUACUACCCCUCUAACUCACUAAGCACUAGUCUACUAUCCCCUAACUCACUAACACUAGUCUACUAUCCCUCUAACUCACGAGCACUAGUCUACUACCCCCUUAACUCACUAACACUAGUCUACUAUCCCUCUAAACUCAUAAGCACUGUCUACUACCCCUCUAACUCACUAAGCACUAGUUACUAUCCCUCUAACUCACUAAGCACUAAAAUCCCUCUAACUCACUAAGCACUAGUCACUAUCCCUCUAACUCACUAAGCACUAGUCUACUACCCCUCUAACUCAAAAGCACUAGUCUACUAUCCUCUACUCACUAACACUAGUCUACUAUCCCUCUAACUCACGAAGCACUAGUCUACUACCCCUCUAACUCACUAACACUAGUCUACUAUCCCUCUAACUCACUAAGCACUAGUCUACUAUCCCUCUAACUCACUAAGCACUAGUCUACUACCCCUAACUCACUAAGCCACGACUAUAACCCCUCUAAACUCACUAAGCACUAGUCUACAUCCUCUAACUCAUAAGCACUAGGUCUACUAUCCCUCUAACUCACUAAGCACUAGUCUACUACUCCCUCUAACUCCACUAAGCACUAGUCUAUACUCUCCUUCUAACUCAUAAGCACUAGUGUACUAUCCUUCUAACUCACUAAGCACUAGUCUACUAUCCCUCUAACUCACUAAGCACUAGUCUACUAUCCUUCUAACUCACUAAGCACUAGUCUACUAUCCUUCUAACUCACUAAGCACUAGUUUACUAUCCCUCUAACUCACUAACACUAGUCUACUAUCCAUCUAACUCACUAAGCACUAGUCUAUUAUCCCUACCCCUCUAACUCACUAAGCACUAGUCUACUAUCCCUCUAACUCACUAAGCACUAGUCUACUAUCCUUCUAACUCACUAAGCACUAGUCUACUAUCCCUCUAACUCACUAACACUAGUCUACUACCCCUCUAACUCACUAAGCACUAGUCUACUACCCCUCUAACUCACUAAGCACUAGUCUACUACCCCUCUAACUCACUAAGUACUAGUCUACUACCCCUCUAACUCACUAAGCACUAGUCUACUACCCCUCUAACUCACUAAGCACUAGUCUACUAUCCCUCUAACUCACUAAGCACUAGUCUACUAUCCCUCUAAUCCCUAAGCACUAGUCUACUCUCCUUCUAACUCACUAAGCACUAGUGUACUAUCCUUCUAACUCACUAAGCACUAGUCUACUAUCCCUCUAACUCACUAAGCACUAGUCUACUAUCCUUCUAACUCACUAAGCACUAGUCUACUAUCCUUCUAACUCACUAAGCACUAGUUUACUAUCCCUCUAACUCACUAACACUAGUCUACUAUCCAUCUAACUCACUAAGCACUAGUCUAUUAUCCCUACCCCUCUAACUCACUAAGCACUAGUCUACUAUCCCUACCCCUCUAACUCACUAAGCACUAGUCUACUACCCCUCUAACUCACUAAGCACUAGUCUACUAUCCCUACCCCUCUAACUCACUAAGCACUAGUCUAUAAUCCCUCUAACUCACUAAGCAAUAGUCUACUAUCCCUCUAACUCACUAAGCACUAGUCUACUACCCCUCUAACUCAAUAAGCAGUAGUCUACUAUCCCUCUAACUCACUAAGCACUAGUCUACUAUCCCUCUAACUCACUAAGCACUAGUCUACUAUCCCUCUAACUCACUAAGCACUAGUCUACUACCCCUCUAACUCAAUAAGCACUAGUCUACUAUCCCUCUAACUCACUAAGCACUAGUCUACUAUCCCUCUAACUCACGAAGCACUAGUCUACUACCCCUCUAACUCACUAACACUAGUCUACUAUCCCUCUAACUCACUAAGCACUAGUCUACUAUCCCUCUAACUCACUAAGCACUAGUCUACUACCCCUCUAACUCACUAAGCACUAGUCUACUACCCCUCUAACUCACUAAGCACUAGUCUACUAUCCCUCUAACUCACUAAGCACUAGUCUACUAUCCCUCUAACUCACUAAGCACUAGUCUACUAUCCCUCUAAUCCCUAAGCACUAGUCUACUCUCCUUCUAACUCACUAAGCACUAGUGUACUAUCCUUCUAACUCACUAAGCACUAGUCUACUAUCCCUCUAACUCACUAAGACUAUCACAUCCUUCUAAAUCAUAAGCACUAUCUACUAUCCUUCUAACUCACUAAGCACUAGUUUACUAUCCUCUAACUCACUAACCACUAGUUACUAUCCUCUAACUCACUAAGCACUAGUCUAAUCCUCUAACUCACUAAAGCACUAGUCUACUACCCCUCAACUCACUAAGCACUAGUCUACUACCCCUCAAAACUCACUAAGCACUACUCUAUACUAUCCAUCCUCAACUCACUAAGCAUAGUCUACUAUCCCUCUAACUCAUAAGCACUAAUAUACUACCCUCUAACUCACUAAGCACUAGUCUACUAUCCUCUAACUCACUAAGCACUAAUAUACUACCCCUCUAACUCACUAAGCACUAGUCUACUAAAUCCCUCUAACUCACUAACAGUUAAUACUCAACUCACGAAGCACUAGUACACCCUUAACUCACUAACACUAGUCUACUAUCCCUUAACUCAUUAAGCACUGUCUACUACCUCUAAACUCACUAAGCACUAGUCUACUAUCCCUCUAACUCACUAAGCACUAGUCUAACUAUCCCUCUACCUCACUAAGCCACUAGUCUACUAUCCCUCUAACUCAUAAGCACUAGUCUACUAUCCCUCUAACUCACUAAGCACUAGUCUACUAUCCCUCUAACUCACUAAAGCACUAGUCUACUACCCCUCUAACUCACUAAGCACUAGUCUACUACCCCUCUAACUCACUAAGCCACUAGUCGACUAUCCCUCUAACUCACUAAGCAUAGUCUACUACCCCCUAUAACUCACUAAGCACUAGUCUACUACCCCUCUAACUCACUACGCACUAGUCUACUAUCCCUCUAACUCAACUAAGCACUAGUCUACUAUCCCCUAACUCACUAAGCACUAGUCUACUAUCCCUCUAACUCACUAAGCACUAGUCUACUCUCCUUCUAACUCACUAAGCAACUAGUCUACAUCCCUUCUAACUCACUAAGCACUAGUCGACUAUCCCGCUAACUCACUAAGCACUAGCUACUUCCUAAACUCACUAAGCACCUAGGUCUACUAUCCUUCUAACUCACUAAGCACUAGUCUACUAUCCUUCUAACUCACUAAGCACUAGUUUACUAUCCCUCUAACUCACUAACACUAGUCUACUAUCCAUCUAACUCACUAAGCACUAGUCUAUUAUCCCUACCCCCUCUAACUCACUAAGCACUAGUCUACUAUCCCUCUAACUCACUAAGCACUAGUCUACUAUCCUUCUAACUCACUAAGCACUAGUCUACUAUCCCUCUAACUCACUAACACUAGUCUACUACCCCUCUAACUCACUAAGCACUAGUCUACUACCCCUCUAACUCACUAAGCACUAGUCUACUACCCCUCUAACUCACUAAGUACUAGUCUACUACCCCUCUAACUCACUAAGCACUAGUCUACUACCCCUCUAACUCACUAAGCACUAGUCUACUAUCCCUCCUAACUCACUAAGCACUAGUCUACUAUCCUCUAAUCCCUAAGCACUAGUCUACUCUCUUCUAACUCACUAAGCACUAGUGUACUAUCCUUCUAACUCACUAAGCACUAGUCUACUAUCCCUCUAACUCACUAAGCACUAGUCUACUAUCCUUCUAACUCACUAAGCACUAGUCUACUAUCCUUCUAACUCACUAAGCACUAGUUUACUAUCCCUCUAACUCACUAACACUAGUCUACUAUCCAUCUAACUCACUAAGCACUAGUCUAUUAUCCCUACCCCUCUAACUCACUAAGCACUAGUCUACUAUCCCUACCCCUCUAACUCAACUAAGCACUAGUCUACUACCCCUCUAACUCACUAAGCACUAGUCUACUAUCCCUACCCCUCUAACUCACUAAGCACUAGUCUAUAAUCCCUCUAACUCACUAAGCAAUAGUCUACUAUCCCUCUAACUCACUAAGCACUAGUCUACUACCCCUCUAACUCAAUAAGCAGUAGUCUACUAUCCCUCUAACUCACUAAGCACUAGUCUACUAUCCCUCUAACUCACUAAGCACAUAGUCUACUAUCCCUCUAACUCACUAAGAACUAGUCUACUACCCCUCUAACUCAAUAAGCACUAGUCUACUAUCCUCUAAUCACUAAGCAACUAGUCUACUAUCCCUCUAACUCAGAAGCACUAGUCUACUACCCUCUAAUCACUAACACAGUCUACUAUCCCUCAACUCACUAAGCAUAGUCUACUAUCCUCUAACUCCCCUAAGCACUAGUAUUUCACCUCUAACUCACUAAGCACUAGUUACUACCCCUUAACUCAUAAGCCUAGUCUACUAUCCCUCUAACUCACUAAGCACUAGUCUACUAUCCCUCAACUCACUAAGCAAUAGUCACUAUCUCUCAUCCCUAAGCAUAGUUAACUUCCUUCUAAAAUCACUAAGCACUAGUCUCUAUCCCCUUUUAACUCACUAAGCACUAGUCUACAUCCCUCUAACUCACUAAGCACUAGUCUACUAUCCUUCUAACUCAAUAAGCACUAGUCUUACUAUCCUCUAAACUCACUAAGCAAUAGUUACUAUCCCUAACUCCAACAUAGUCUAUAUCCACUAAGCACUAAAUCUAGUAAACCACCCUCUAACUCACUAAGCACUAGUCUACUAUCCCUCUAACUCACUAAGCACUAGUCUACUACUCCUUCUAACUCACUAAGCACUAGUCUACUAUCCCUCUAACUCACUAACACUAGUCAUACUACCCCUCUAACUCACUAAGCACUAGUCUACUACCCCUCUAAACUCACUAAGCACUAGUCUACUACCCCUCUAACUCACUAAGUACUCAGUCUACUACCCUCUAACUCACUAAGCAUAGUCUACUAUCCCCUCUAACUCACUAAGCACUAGUCUACUAUCCCUCAAUCACUAAGCACUAGUCUACUAUUCCCUCUAAUCCCUAAGCACUAGUCUACUAUCCUUCUAACUCACUAAGCACUAGUGUACUAUCCUUCUAACUCACUAAGCACUAGUCUACUAUCCCUCUAACUCACUAAGCACUAGUCUACUAUCCUUCUAACUCACUAAGCACUAGUUUACUAUCCUUCUAACUCACUAAGCACUAGUUUACUAUCCCUCUAAUCACUAACCACUAGUCUACUAUCCAUCUAUCUAACUCACUAAGCACUAGUCUAUUAUCCCUACCCUCUACUCACUAAGCACUAGUCUUACUAUCCCUCUAACUCACUAAGCACUAGUCUAACUAUCCCUACCCCUCUAACGCACUAAGCACUAGUCUACUACCCCUCUAACUCACUAAGCAUAGGUCUACUAUCCUACCCCUCUAACUCACUAAGCACUAGUCUAUAAUCCCUCUAACUCACUAAAGCAAUAGUCUACUAUCCCUCUAACUCACUAAGCACUAGUCUACUACCCCUCUAACUCAAUAAGCAGUAGUCUACUACCCCUCUAACUCACUAAGCACUAGUCUACUACCCCUAUCUCCCUUUCCUCCCUCCUUUCCUCCCUCCCUUCCUCAUUCCUUUCCUCCCUCCUUUCCUACCCCUCUAACUCACUAAUACUAGUCUACUAUCCCUACCCCUCUAACUCACUAAGCACUAGUCUACUAGUUAGGGCGGCAGGUAGCUUAGUGGUUAAGAGCGUUGUGCCAGUAACCGAAAUGUCGCUGGUUCUAAUCCCCGAGCCAACUAGGUGAAAAAUCUGUCGAUGUGCCCUUGAGCAAGGCAUUAACCCUAAUUGCUCCUGUAAGUCGCUCUGGAUAAGAGCGUCUGCUAAAUGACUAAAAUGUAAAUGUAAAAUGUACUACCCCAUCUCCCUUUCCUCCCUCCUUUCCUAACCCUCUAACUCACUAAGCACUAGUCUACUAUCCUUCUAACUCACUAGUCUACUAUCCCUCUAACUCACUAAGCACUAGUCUACUAUCCUUCUAACUCACUUAGCACUAGUUUACUACCCCUCUAACUCACUAAUCACUAGUCUACUAUCCCUUCUAACUCACUAAGCACUAGUCUACUAUCCGUACCCCUCUAACUCACUAAGCACUAGUCUACUAACCCUAUCUCCCUUUCCUCCCUCCUUUCCGCAUUCCUUUCCUCCCUCCUUUCCUCAUUCCUUUCCUAUUCCUCUAACUCACUAAGCACUAGUCUACUACCCCUCUAACUCACUAAGCACUUGUCUACUAUCCCUCUAACUCACUAAGCAUUAGUCUACUAUCCCUCUAACUCACUAAGCACUAAUCUACUAUCCCCUCUAACUCACUAAGCACUAGUCUACUACCCUCUAACUCACUAAGCCCCUAGUCUACUCUCCUUUAACACACUAAGCCAUAUUACACUCGCUAAUCACUAAGCACAGUUUCUACCCCUCUAACUCAAUAAGCAGUAGGUUCUACCCCCUAACUCAUAACAUGUCUACUACCUCUCUAAUCACUAAGCAUGUUACUACCCUCUAACACAACUAAAACUAGUCUAUACCCCGCUAAUCCUAAGCAUAGUUACUAACCCCCCAAUCAAUAGCGUAGUCUACUAUCCUUAAACUCAUAAGACUAGUCUAUACCCUCAACCACUAAGCACUAGUCACUACCCCUUUAACUCACUAAGGGACUAAAUACAUCCCUCUAACUACUAGCACUAGUCUACAUCCCUUAACUCACUAAGCACAGUUACUACCUCUACUCACUAAGCACUAGUCUACUACCCCUCCCAAUCACUAAGCACAGGUUCUACUCAACUCACUAAGCAUUAGUCUACUAUCCCUCUAACUCACUAAGCACUAGUCUACUACCCCUCUACUCGCUAAGCAUAGGGCUACUUCCUUCUAACUCAUUAGCACUAGUUUAACACCCCUCUAACUCACUAAGCCCCUAGUCUAUACCCUUCUAAUCACUAAGCACUAGUCUACUAUCCCAACCCCUCAAUCCCCUAAGCAAUAGUCUACUAAAACCCCUCCCAAAUCACUAGCACUGUCACACCCCUCUAACUCCUAAGACAUUACUAUCCAUCUAACUCACUAAGCCCCUAGUCUACUUCCCUCUAACUCACUAAGCACUAGUCUACUAUCCCCCUAACUCACUAAGCAUAAUACUACCCCCCUAACUCACUAAGCACUAGUUCUUUCUACCCUUAAUACUAAGCACUAAUAUACUACCCUCUAACUCACUAAGCACUAGUCUAUAUCCUACUCCCACUAACACUAGUCUACUAUCCCUCUAAACUCACUAAGCACUAGUCUACUACCCCUCUAACUCACUAACAUAGUCUACUAUCCCCAACUCACUAAGCUCUAGUCUACUACCCUCUCAACUCACUAAGCACGAGUCUACUAUCCCUCUAACUCACUAAGCCACUAGUCUACUAUCCCUCUAAUCACUAAGCACUAGUCUACUACCCUUAAAUCACUAAGCACUAGUUACUAUCCUCUAAUCACUAAGCACUAGUCUACUAUCAUCAACUCACUAAGCAAAUAGUCGCUUCCCCUCUAACUCACUAAGCACUAUCUAAAUACCUCUACUCACUAAGCACUAGUCUACUAUCCCUCUAACUCACUAAGCACUAGUCUACAUCCCUUCUAACUCACUAAGCACUAAUUACUACCCCUCUAACUCACUAAGCACUAGUUUUACUACCCUUAACUCACUAAACACUUUGUCUACUACCCCUCUAAAAUCACUAACACUAGUCUACUAUCCCUCUAACUAUUUAAGCACUGUCUACAUCCCUCUAACUCACUAAGCACUAAUAUACUACCCCUCUAACUCACUAAGCACUAGUCUACGAUCCCUCUAACUCACUAACACUAGUCUACUAUCCUCUAACUCCUAAGCACUAGUCUACUAUCCUCUAACCUAACAUAAGCACUAUAUACACUACCCCUCUAAACUCAUAAGCACUAGUCUACUAUCCCUCUAACUCACUAAGCAACUAAUAUACUACCCAAUAACUCACUAAGCACAGUCUACUAUCCCUCUAAUCAUAACACUAGUCUACUAUCCCUCUAACUCACUAGCACUAGUCUACUAUCCCUCUAACUCACUAAGCACUAGUCUACUACCACUCUAACUCACUAAGCACUAGUCUACUACCCCUCUAACUCACUAAGCACUAGUCUACUAUCCCUCUAACUCACUAAGCACUAGUCUACUAUCCUCUAAUCACUAAGCACUAGUCUACUAUCCUCUAACUCACUAAGCACUAGUCCUACUAUCCCUCUAACUCACUAAGCACUAGUCUACUAUCCCUCUAAUCCCUAAGCACUAGUCUACUUUCCUUCUAACUCACUAAGCACUAGUCUACUAUCCUUUUAACUCACUAAGCACUAGUCUACUAUCCCUCUAACUCACUAAGCACUAGUCUACUACCCCUCUAACUCACUAGCACUAGUCUACUAUCCCUCUAACUCACUAAGCACUAGUCUACUAUCCUUCUAACUCACUAAGCACUAGUCUACUAUCCCUCUAACUCACUAACACUAGUCUACUACCCCUCUAACUCACUAAGCACUAGUCUACUACCCCUCUAACUCACUAAGCACUAGUCUACUAUCCCUCUAACUCACUAAGCACUAGUCUACUAUCCCUCUAACUCACUAAGCACUAGUCUACUAUCCCUCUAACUCACUAACACUAGUCUACUACCCCUCUAACUCACUAAGCACUAGUCUACUACCCCUCUAACUCACUAAGCACUAGUCUACUAUCCUUCUAACACACUAAGCACUAGUCUACUACCCCUCUAACUCAUUAAGCACUAGUCUACUAUCCCUCUAACUCACUAAGGACUAGUCUACUAUCCUUUAACUCACUAAGCACUAGUCUAUUAUCCUACCCCUCUAACUCACUAAGCACUAUUACUAUCCCUCUAACUCACAAGCAUAGUCACUAUCCUUCUAAUCAUAAGAAAUAGUCUACUACCCCUCUAACUCACUAAGCAUAGUCUACUACCCCUCUAACUAAUUAAGGCACUAGUCUACUAUCCCCCUAACACACUAAGCACUAUCUAAAUAUCCCUCUAACUCACUUAACACUAGGCUACUACCCCUCUAAAAUCACUAAGCACUAGUUACUAUCCCUCUAAUCACUAAGCACUAGUUACUAUCCCUCUAAAAUCACUAAGCACUAGUUACAUCCCUCUAACUCACUAAGUACUAGUCUACUAUCCCUCUAACUCACUAAGCAUAGUCUACUAUCCCUCUAAUCACUAAGCAUAGUCUACUACCCCUCUAAUCACUAAGCACUAGUCUACUUCCCUUUUAAUCAACUAAGCACAGGGCUAACCACCCACUAUCUCCCUUUCCUCCCUCCUUUCCUCCCUCCUUUCCUACCCUUCUAACUCACUACAAGGACUACUACCCCUAAUGCCUGUGUUUAGGCUUAGUCUAAUUCUCUAGUGGCCCAUUUUAUCCAUUACCCAGAGGCUGGUCAUUACCCUGGUCUGGGGCUGCAGUUAACUGGCUAAUUUAUGAUCUGAAAGAGUCAGGUCAGCUCAGUAAGUGGGACCAUCAUGGGACUGGACAGACAGACAAACAGACAGACAGACAGACAGACUGGACAUACAGACAUACAGACAUACAGACAUACAGACAGACAGACAGACAGACAGACAGACAGACAGACAGACAGACAGACAGACAGGACAGACAGACAGGACAGACAGACUGGACAGACAGACAGACAGACAGACAGACAGACAGACAGACAGACAGACAGACAGACAGACAGACAGACAGACAGACAGACAGACAGACAGGCAGACAGACAGACAGACAGACAGACUGGACAGACAGACAGACAGACAGACGGGACAGUCAGACAGACAGACAGGCUGGACAGACAGUUAGUCAGUCAGACAGACAGACAGACAGACAGACAUACAUACAGACAGACAGACAGACAGGACAGACAGUCAGACAGACAUACAGACAGACAGACAGACAGACAAACAGACAAACAGACAGACAGACAGACAGACAGACUGGACAGACAUACAGACAGACAGACAGACAGACGGGACAGUCAGACAGACAGACAGGCUGGACAGACAGACAGACAGACAGACAGACAGACAGACAGACAGACAGACAGACAGACAGACAGACAGACAGACAGACAGACAGACAGACAGACAGACAGACAGACAGACAGACAGACAGACAGACAGACAGACAGACAGAGAUACAGACCUCUAACACUGGACUCCCCUGUUCUAGGAUCAGUUUUGCAUUUAUAUCAUUAUGAAUUAUAUUACAUGGACAGGGGGAUCUGAUCCUAGAUCAGCACUCCUAUUCCACGAUGCUUGAUCCUUUAUGGCCCCAUGAGUAAUCUGACUUGACAGCACAGUCUGACUACUCCUGAAAUAUAGCCUGGCUGCUGCAUGGUCCCAGGCUGUAACUCCUAAAAUAUAGCCUGGCUGCUGCAUGGUCCCAGGCUGUAACUCCUGAAAUAUAGCCUGGCUGCUGCAUGGUCCCAGGCUGUAACUCCAGAACUAUAACCUGGCUGCUUUAGCUGCAUGGUCCCAGGCUGUAGAUAGUUAUGUCGCUAGGUAAUGCAGGUCUGGGCUGUGACUGACAGGGGACUAUGUACUUAGAGCCACAGUCUGCCUGUGGAAUCACCAUAGAGCCACCUGUCUGUCUGUCUGUGCUGGGCUUAGCUAACUGGGCCUAGACAGUGGGAUGCUGUACAUACCAGGGCUGUGAAAUUACACCUAUUCGUGCACUUCUUUUGACAAGAGCUAUAAGUGGAAUAGGAAGCCUGUCAAAAUGCAGUGCACUAUAUAGGGAAUAUGGAGGCUCUGGACAAAUGUAGUGGACUACAUAGGGUGCCAUUUCAGACGCAGCCCAGGACCGUCCUGUCUGCUCCCUGUGAAUGUAUGAAUCACACAUUUUACAUUUACAUUUUAGUCAUUUAGCAGACGCUCUUAUCCAGAGCGACUUACAGUUAGUGAGUGCAUACAUUUUCAUACUGGCCCCCCGUGGGAAACGAACCCACAACCCUGGCGUUGCAAGCGCCAUGCUCUACCAACUGAGCUACAGGGGACGUAGCACACCAUGCUCAAAAUUGUCAAAGACUCCAGCCACCCUAGUCAUAGACUGUUCUCUCUGCUACCGCACGGCAAGCGGUACCGGAGUGCCAAGUCUAGGUCCAAAAGACUUCUCAACAGCUUCUACCCCCAAGCCAUAAGACUCCUGAACAGCUAAUCAUGGCUACCCGGACUAUUUGCACUGCCCCACCACCCCCACCCCCCACCCCAUCUUUUUACGCUGCUGCUACUCUGUUAAUUAUUUAUGCAUAGUCACUUUAACUCUACCCACAUGUACAUAUUACUUCAACUACCUCAACUAGCUGGUGCCCCCGCACAUUGACUCUGCACCGGUACCCCCCAUAUAUAGCCUCCCUACUGUUAUUUUAUUUUACUUCUGCUCUUUUUUUCUCAACACUUUUUUGUUGUUGUUUUAUUUUACUUUUUUAUUAAAAAAUAAAUGCACUGUUGGUUAAGGGCUGUAAGUAAGCAUUUCACUGUAAUGUCUGCACCUGUUGUAUUCGGCGCAUGUGGCCAAUAAAAUUUGAUUUGAUUUGAUUUGUAUGUGCCUUAGCCCAAUACUAACGUCUCCACCUCUCCUCUCCUCUCCUCCUCAUGGAGUGCUUCACAGUCCUGUCUUUCCCUGUGUGUAUGAUAACAAACGUCUCCACCUCUCCAUCUCUUCUCUCCUCAGAGACCUGAUGCCUGAGACCCUGGAGGGUCAGAUCACCAUGGAGAAAACCCCCAGCUACUACGUCACUAAAGACGUCCCCGCCCGUAUCCACACCAUGUCCCCAGACACCAGGCUGAUCGUGGUGGUCCGAGACCCCGUCACCAGGGCCAUCUCAGACUACACCCAGACCCGCUCCAAGAAACCUGACAUCCCCUCCUUUGAGAGCCUCACCUUCAAGAACAGGACUAUGGGUCUCAUCGAUACGUCCUGGAGCGCCGUCCAGAUCGGGAUGUAUGCCAAGCACCUAGAACGCUGGCUGCAGUACUUCCCCAGGGACCAGCUCCUCUUCAUCAGUGGGGAGAGGUUGAUCUCCGACCCGGCCGGAGAGAUGGCCCGCGUACAGGACUUCCUGGGGCUUAGGAGGGUGGUUAGUCACAAACACUUUCACUUCAACCCAGCCAAGGGCUUCCCCUGUCUGAAGAGGCCGGAGGGGAAUAGUAAGCCUCACUGUCUGGGGAAGACCAAAGGAAGGACUCAUCCUAAUAUUGACCCGGAGGUGGUACAGAGGCUGAGGGAGUUUUACCAACCUUUUAACAGGAGGUUUUAUCAGAUGACGGGACAUUACUUUGGAUGGGGCAGAGGCUGAGGGAGUUUUAUCAACCUUUAAACAGGAGGUUUUAUCAGAUGACGGGACAUUACUUUGGAUGGGGCAGAGGCUGAGGGAGUUUUAUCAACCUUUAAACAGGAGGUUCUAUCAUUUACAUUUUAGUCAUUUAGCAGACGCUCUUAUCCAGAGCGACUUACAGGAGCAUUUAGGGUUAAGUGCCUUGCUUAAGGGCACAUCGACAGAUUUUUCACCUAGUCGGCUCAGGGAUUAGAACCAGCGACCUUUCGGUUACUGGCACAACGCUCUUACCCACUAAGCUACCUGCCGCCCUAUCAGAUGACGGGACAUUACUUUGGAUGGGGCAGAGGCUGAGGGAGUUUUCUCAACCUUUAAACAGGAGGUUUUAUCAGAUGACGGGACAUUACUUUGGAUGGGGCAGAGGCUGAGGGAGUUUUAUCAACAUUUUAAUAGGAGGUUUUAUCAGAUGACGGGACAUUACUUUGGAUGGGGCAGAGGCUGAGGGAGUUUUCUCAACCUUUAAACAGGAGGUUUUAUCAGAUGACGGGACAUUACUUUGGAUGGGGCAGAGGCUGAGGGAGUUUUAUCAACAUUUUAACAGGAGGUUUUAUCAGAUGACGGGACAUUACUUUGGAUGGGGCAGAGGCUGAGGGAGUUUUAUCAACCUUUAAACAGGAGGUUUUAUCAGAUGACGGGACAUUACUUUGGAUGGGGCAGAGGCUGAGGGAGUUUUAUCAACCUUUAAACAGGAGGUUUUAUCAGAUGACGGGACAUUACUUUGGAUGGGGCAGAGGCUGAGGGAGUUUUAUCAACCUUUAAACAGGAGGUUUUAUCAGAUGACGGGACAUUACUUUGGAUGGGGCAGAGGCUGAGGGAGUUUUAUCAACCUUUAAACAGGAGGUUUUAUCAGAUGACGGGACAUUACUUUGGAUGGGGCAGAGGCUGAGGGAGUUUUAUCAACAUUUUAACAGGAGGUUUAUCAGAUGACAGGACAUGACUUUGGAUGGGGUUCAUGGAGCUGAGAGACAAAACAUGAUAGACGGAGACAUUGAGUGAAUCCGAAAUGCCACCCUAUUCCCUUUGUAAUGCACUACCCUGGUCAAUGGUAGUGCACUAUAUUACAGGACAAAAUGCCACCCUGUUCCCUUUGUAAUGCACUACCCUGGUCAAUAGAAGUGCACUAUAUUAUAGGACAAAAUGGCACCCUAUAUUCCUUAUAUUGUACAUGAUUCAUGCUCAAAUGUAGUGCACUACUGAGGUAUUAAGGUGCCCUUUCAGACAGAGACAUUGUGUUUUUCUUUGGGGUGUUUUUUGGUUGUAAUUGUAACAUUUUGGAGAUAUUGUUAUACUAUGUAUAUAGGGCAGCGUGUGUAAAAAGUACAGAAGUCUAUUUUAUGAUAAUUUAUUUCUAUGAUAUUAUGAACUCACUGAGCUGCCUAUCCAUGUUUGUUGAUGAUCGUCACAAUCUUUACUUUCCUGUUUUUAAAUCUUCAUUUGAGGCCAUUUUGUAAUCUUGAAAUUACCUCUGAAAAAUACACGUGCAGGAAUUGUGGAAAUGAAAAUAAAAAAUCACAAUUCUGUUACAGGUCGUAGCGCUCAACAAGCAGGGUUAGGUUAGAGCUAUUGUUUCCCUUUAAAACAUUGAACAUACAUAUACAUGUACAUGCUAUUACUUUACAAUGCUGCAUUAGCUCAAUCUCCCUACCUUUACUCGUUGGUUUUUAAGAUGGCUGUGCGAACCAGGCCAUACCACACCAUCUCAGCAAAAACGGUUCAAUCACAAAAGUUGGUAGUAAAAAUAUUGUAACGACUGGAAAAUUAGUGUUGGGUCAUUGAACACGGAGACAUCUCUCUAGCCUCUUUGUUUUAAAAACCACUCAAGGAGUCCAAACAGACCAUCAUUUACCUCCUUAAGAUCAGCCUGACCUCCAGUUUAUCCACCAGAUCAAUAUAUAGGGCCCCAGCUGAUCCAGUCAGGCUGUGUCCCAAAUGGCACCCUAUUCCCUUAAUCACACACUACUUAUGACCAGGGCCCAUAGGACAUUUAGGGAAUAGGGUACCAUCUGGGAUGCACUCCCAGUGUCACUAUAACAGGUAUAUCUAUCAAUACGGUAAUAACUCAUCAUCACAUCUAUUACACGUGAGUGAUGUCACAUUACAGCUGAGUGAUGUCACAGUGCGGUCUCUGGAGUCUACUGCUAUAAAACAAGGAUCCAUCAAAAGGUUAAUUGGAGUUAACGUAUGUUGGGACCUUGUGACCACAGUUCCAGAUUCAAGGCGCUUCUGAAGGGCAAGCUAUUUAGGAAGCUUUACGUUACUGUCAUAGUCAUUAGCGCCCCUCCUAUUUCCUCUGUUUGCUGAAGCCAGUUGGCCUACCUAAACUCCAAUCUUUACAUUUGUUGUGAUGUUACAACAAUACAUGCAGUCUUUUUGAGGAGAAGCCAUCACCUUUUCAGGUUUCAUAAUCCAUUCUUCACGAGCAGUGAGGUUUACUUGUGUAACGAUAUGAUGAGACUAUUCAGGGAUGAUGAGCUGAUCAUGAUACAGUAUAAUGUUAUCAUCACAGCCCGCUGUAGUGCUGUUAGGUAAAGUUAACAUGACUGCUGUUGGACCAGAUGUUAUCAUCACAGCCCGCUGUAGUGCUGUUAGGUAAAGUUAACAUGACUGCUGUUGGACCAGAUGUUAUCAUCACAGCCCGCUGUAGUGCUGUUAGGUAAAGUUAACAUGACUGCUGUUGGACCAGAUGUUAUCAUCACAGCCCGCUGUAGUGCUGUUAGGUAAAGUUAACAUGACUGCUGUUGGACCAGAUGUUAUCAUCACAGCCCUCUGUUGUCCUGUUAGGUAAAGUUAACAGGACUGCUGUUGGACCAGACAGCAUUUAUUGGGAAUUCAGUUUGGUGGUUUGUUAUGUUAUUGUUGUUGAAAGGGAAAUUCAAAGGCUGGGAUUCAAUCCGAUCGAGUGUUGCAGUGCGCUUGACGUUUAAAAGGUAAUUUCUGAUUGAGCCAACAAAUGCAGCGUUUACCGUGAAUGUCAUCUCUGUGAAAGCGGGAACAUUGCCUUUAAAUCUCUGUGAUCGUGUGCAGCGCUGUAACGAGCCUUGAAUUUAAUUGUGACCAAAGUCUUGCUAUUCAGGGCUCACAAUUCCUUUCUUCUAAGUCUGUGUAUGGUUGAAUUGUUUUCAACCCUAUACAGAGAGAUACACCAAUGCCAAUGAUCUUACCCAUGAAAUAUGAUGAUAAUGUAUUGAUAAAAGUCUGUAUAGGUACAUGAACAAAUCCAACUAUUUUGCUGUUUAUUUUCCAUUUUACAAAGAUGUAAAUGAGGCCGUUGUGACUGAAGAGCGACUAAAAUAGCGUUCUUCUUGUCAUUUCUUUGAAGUAAGAAAUAUAUCUAUUUUACCAAAACCAAAUGAUCCUCUGAUUGUCAAAUUGUCAUAUAACUACACUACACCGCUUUAAAAAAAACGUUGACAUGUGUUAUAACUACAUUAUAAACACCU